CAAAAAAAAAACUUAAGAGUUUUGAGCAGUGAAAUUAAUGGCAAUAAAAGAGCGAUCGUUGGAGGAGACACCAACAUGGGCUGUUGCUGUUGUUUGCUUCGUUCUCCUUUUCAUUUCCAUCAUGAUCGAAUACUUCUUGCACUUUAUUGGUCACUGGUUUAAAAAGAAGCACAAGAAAGCUUUAUCUGAAGCUCUUGAAAAGGGGAAAGUGGCAUUAGUAUCUGCUUAUGGUAUCCACCAGCUGCAUAUAUUCAUCUUUGUGCUCGCUGUUUUUCAUGUUCUCUACUGCAUUAUAACCUAUGCUUUAGGAAAGACCAAGAUGAAGAAAUGGAAGUCAUGGGAGAGAGAGACCAAAACAAUUGAGUACCAAUAUGCCAAUGAUCCAGAGAGGUUCAGAUUUGCAAGAGAUACAUCAUUCGGACGUAGACAUUUGAAUAUAUGGAGCAAGUCUACAUUUACCCUUUGGAUUACAUGUUUCUUCAGACAGUUCUUUGGAUCAGUGACAAAAGUAGAUUAUCUUACACUAAGACAUGGUUUUAUUAUGGCACAUUUGCCAGCAGGAAGUGCAGCUCGUUUCGAUUUUCAAAAAUACAUUGAAAGAUCUUUGGAACAAGAUUUCACGGUGGUUGUCGGUAUAAGCCCACUGAUAUGGUGCAUUGCUGUCUUAUUCAUACUGACCAAUACACAUGGAUGGGACUCAUAUCUUUGGCUGCCCUUCAUUCCCUUGAUUGUGAUAUUGAUAGUAGGAGCAAAACUUCAAAUGAUAAUAUCGAAAUUAGGAUUAAGGAUUCAAGAAAAAGGAGAUGUGGUUAAAGGAGCUCCUGUUGUUGAACCGGGUGAUGAUCUCUUUUGGUUUGGUCGUCCUCGUUUCAUUCUCUUCCUCAUUCACUUGGUUCUUUUCACGAAUGCAUUUCAAUUGGCUUUCUUCGUUUGGAGCACUUACGAAUUCACACUCAAAAACUGCUUCCACCACAAAACCGAAGAUAUUGCAAUUAGGAUCACCAUGGGGGUAUUAAUACAAGUUCUAUGCAGCUACAUCACUCUACCUCUCUAUGCCCUUGUUACUCAGAUGGGAACAUCAAUGAGACCGACCAUAUUCAACGAUAGGGUAGCCAAUGCAUUGAAGAAAUGGCACCACACAGCCAAGAAACAGACGAAACAUGGACACUCAGGAUCUAACACACCUCACUCGAGCCGCCCUACUACGCCAACACAUGGCAUGUCACCGGUGCAUCUCCUCCACAACUACAAUAACCGCAGCCUCGACCAACAAACCAGCUUCACUGCCUCUCCUUCUCCUCCUAGAUUCUCUGAUUAUAGCGGCCAAGGCCAUGGCCAUCAGCAUUUCUUCGAUCCGGAAUCUCAGAAUCACUCUUACCAGCGUGAGAUCACAGAUUCUGAAUUCAGCAAUAGUCAUCAUCCUCAAGUUGACAUGGUAAGUCCUGUUAGAGAAGAGAAUGAGAUUAUUGAGCAUGUCAAGGUUGAUUUGUCUGAGUUUACGUUCAAGAAGUGAUAGGACUUUUAUACUUUUUACAUGCUGUUUGUUCAUUCUUUGUAAAUGAUAUGAACUUAGGAAUGAACACUUUUCUUGUUU